AUGUGGCUCACCCCCCACGCUGAGAGUACCACUCACGGAGCUGCUGGGGCGAGGGAGUCUCACCGGGACGCUGCUGUUGCUGCCUCUGGCCACCGCCAAACCCCCCCGCUGUACCGCUCCACCGCGCCUGCCACCCGCUCCACCGCUGCCACUACUGGCACAACCACUUUCACCACCUCCACCGCCGCCGCCUCCACCACCCCCUGUGCCGCCACCGACCCCCCCACCACCCGCGCCACUCCCACCUCCUCCACCGCCCCCGCCCCCUCCACCCCCUCCACCGCCGCCGCCCCCGCCUCCACCUCCACCACCCCUGCCCCCCUUGCCCCUGCCGCCCUUGCUCCUCCCACUAGGAGCAGACGCAGCCCCGACCCCCUCAGCUCCGAGGAAGUCGACAGCAGCAGCAGAGGCAAUGGAGGGAAGGAGGGGGACGGGAGAGCACCCCUCGAAGAAGGGGGCGCGAGGGUCGCCACGAGAGGCACCUACAGCUACAAUGCUCUUCUCAGCUGCUAG